AUGUCUGCACAAACCCUCGUACUGCGCAAAAAUGAGUUUACUCAGUAUUCUGUUACUACUCCCUCAAGCACAGCAUCUCUUCUCGCAGGCGCUGUACGUGUGCAGCCGAAACUCAUCACCUUGAGCCUCAACAACAUAGGUUAUGCACACCUUGGCAGCAGCCAUUACAGGUGGUGGGAUGCCUAUCCAGUAUCUUCAACUCUGGCCUCGCCGCCGUACGACGACGUGGAGCAGUGGGGCAUCGUCCCAGCAUGGGGAUAUGGCUCAGUCAUAGAGUCCAACAAUGACAAAGUCCUAAAAGGUUCCUUGCUCUACGGCAUCUGGCCUCCAUCUACGGUACCGGUUGAUCUAAUUCUCGAGGAGCUCGAGCCUGGUCUUCUUCGCGAAACAAGUCCACAUCGACAGACAAUGAAACCAAUGUAUAAUCGAUAUCUGGUACAUGACACUGAUACCCACGAGGACAUGUUGGCGUGGUAUACUGGAAUGUGGACUACGUCUCAGGCCGGCUUUCUUCUCGGGCACUAUUCUUUCGCGGUCGAACCUUCAAAGUGGUGCAGUCCAGCGCUGGACGAAGAGCAGUGGCCCAUCGAAAACGCAUCUUUGCGCGACAGUGUUGUGGUCGUUCUCGCAGCGUCUAGCAAGACGGCCAUUGGAUUCGAUUGGAGUUUGCGCCAAAGAUCUAGGGUAGACGGCCCCUUGGCUUUGGUGAGGGUGUCAAAUUCGUCCGCUGUUCUUCCGACUGAUGAUGCUGCUUUUCCCAUCAAAUCGGUUAAUUACAAUGAGCUAAUUGGCCCGGCCAACAUGGAAUUUAUUGCGGCCUUGAAGCCGACCAAGGUAGUGAUUGUGGACUGUGGCAGUGGCGGUGAAUUCGUCCCAAAAUUCCACAACGCAGUUCUCAAUCUGACAAAGUCCACUAUCCUGCAUAUUUAUGUUGGAAAUUUCCCAACUGGUCUCGAGGAAGACAAUAGCAGAAUUACCAGAGUGUCAAUGGAUACGGGGACAAUCAUUGAGCGGGCUGGACAUCAACAAGGCCUAGGUUCGGUGUAUAAGGAGCGCGAUGAAGCAUUCAAGAAAUGGUAUGAUGGCAUUAAUAAAGGCAGAUUCGAGAUUUCCUGGGGACAGGGGAUUGGGGGGCAGAAUGGAGUAGAAGAAACCUGGAGGCAGUUGUGCUCUGGAACCAUGCCGCCAGGUAAGGCUGCUGUCUUUAAGUUGGAUUAG